GCUUGUCUUUUGGACAGCCGCAUUCUACAGGAUUUCCAAGUCUCUGUGAGAGAGCAUCAUUGAUCUGCUUUACUUGGCUGUACUGGCUUCUUCGUCACCAUGGCGCACAAAUUUGUCAUCACAGCCUUCCUCACAGGCUCUCGCAUCCUGGGACGGUCCUUCAUGGCCGCCUACCGACAAGCCCAGGCGUCGUCGCAAUACCAGCGUGCGCAAGCCAAGAACGGCGUCAGCGCUUCAGGCCGAGCCUCUCUAACGGCCGGCAUGACCCUUGAGGAGGCCUGCCGGAUCCUGAACGUCAAGCCCCCCGCCAAUGGCCAGGCCAACGUCGAGGAGGUGCUCGAGCGGUACAAGAGACUAUUUGACGCAAACAACCCGGAAAAGGGUGGCAGCUUCUAUCUCCAGAGCAAGAUUGUAAGAGCAAAGGAGCGAUUCGAAGCUGAGAUUGGACCCAUAAGAGAAAAAGCCGAGAUGGAGGCUGAGGCAAAGGAGGGGUGGAAGCCCAAAGUCUACAAGGAUGAAUGAGCAGGGUUGAAGCGGACGACUUAUACGACUACGGUAUAAUACGGUGUUUUGGAGGAGCAACGCUUACGUGGCAGCUCAAUGUCCUAACUUGGAACAGUAGAGCGAGCCGCGAAUCGCUCCCUCCAAGGAGGGGCGGGACGAGAACGAAAUGUCCUCCCGUUGUAUAUGAUUUCCUUUCUUUUUUUCUAUUAUUACCACAUCUUCACUCGACAGUGGCAUGGCACGGCGUUUAUGGAGGAGGGAGACAUCUAGAGGCUUCGAUGCCACCGGAGACUGGGUCUAGACGAAAUCAAAAAAAGCAAGGGCGAUUUUGGAACUG